GACGAUUACAUAAGUGUAGCAGACAUCUGAAACCAAUACAUGCAAACUCCAACAACUCCUCUUGUUUGAUCCUUAUCAUGAAACAGAACGAUGAGUGACACCGAAAAGCAAGCAGAGAACUCCGUUAAAGACCUUCGAGAACAAUUACAGAGCAUGCCAGUCGACAUGCGAAUUUUUUCUCUUUGCAUGAGAUCCCUUUACUCAGAUCAGGCUGUUGGCAGCGAUUCCGAAGGCGCUAGAAAGUUUAGGGAACUCCGAAACAAAACCAGAAACGACGCAAUGGUGUACCUUAAAGGUGUCCUGCCGCUUUCGACCAAACUGGUCUCAUCCAUCAGCGAGUACUUUGAGUACUAUGAAGCCCUGGAGUACGAAGAAUGGCGUGAGAUGCUGUCUGACAUCCUCGAAGAGACCAUUGGCUACAGGGAGAUGUGCCAAGCGCUACUGAAGAUGCACGAAGACAUCUUGGUACCACUUAAAGAGAGAGAAGACCAGGCUCGCGUAAUUGUAAAAGAAUUGAAACACCUUCAAGAGGAAUUUGAAAGGAAGAAGAAAGAGCUAGAAGAGAAAGCAUGUACAAAACGCUCCUGGGCGGUUGGACUUGCCUUUGUACCGUUUGUAAACGUUAUCGCGAGCCCUGUGUUGUUUUCUGCUGCUGAAUCAGAUGUGGCUAGUGCAGUUGCUAAAGGCUGCGAGGCAAAAGUUCAAGAAGCUGCCGCAAUCACAGUCAGCGACACCCUCAUCCCUGCCUUGAAGGGCUUUAUAAGUGGUAUCUCCAAAGCAGCUGGUUUCUUCUCCGUCAUGGAACAGGAGUUAAAAAAGUUUGAAGGAAAAGCUGAGAAAAGCAAGAGCGACGGCAAGAAACUGUACUACAAAGUUAUGAAGGCACAAGCAAGCGAUAUGAAGUCCCUUUGCCAAGGCUUCUACGCGGUUAUACCAGAGGUCAGAACUGAUUUUCUAGCCAUUCCAACCGAGGGAACAGACCAGAACUACAUCGACAGGUGGCUGGAAAAGCAGAAGAAAACCAUUCAAGAAAAAUGUUCAAUUCGAAAGCUAGCGAGCAAGCUUCUGUUGGCCAUCACAGCCCCAGAUGAGAGCAAGUGAAAAGUGGAAAGAACAAGAUCGAGUGUGACUCUUAGGAACAUCUUA